ACUGUUAUUUAGUUAUUUGCAUUCAGGGCUCCCUCUCUUUCAGUAUUCGAGAGUUUGUUGAGCAAAAAUUGGAGGAGUCUCUCAUCUGAAGGCAACUCGAAUUCUAGGGUUAGGGUUUUAAAUUAUUCUCUUUCAUCUCCAAAUCCAAAUCCCGGAAGCGAUUCAUUACUAAUCCCUGUUCCUCUCAUCGCAUCCGCCUCUUUGACCGACUUUUUUGUUUUUCAAAACAUAAUCCUGAUUUUCCAUAUGAAUCAGUUUCGAAAUUUAUUACGUGUUUUUCUUGUAAUUAAUCGUAGGUUUUCUUUGUCGAUUUCGCGGGUGACUUAGGGUUUAUGUGAUUGGGAUGUAAAAAUUUGUUUCUUUUUUUUGUAUAUGGUUGGGUGAUCGCUUGCAAUUGGGUUUUUCUUUUUUGACUUCUGUCUUAAGUUGGGGCUAUGUAUAUUGAGGAAUUGAAAGGGGAGAGUGAUUGGGGGGAAGGUCAAACUUCUUCUCAUAAGGACGAGAGCUUUAACAGCAGAAGCAUCAUUCCCUCCGGUACAAAAAGGGUUUUGAUUGGAGGAGGCGCUCGUGCUCUGUUUUACCCCACUCUCCUUUACAAUGUUGUUAGGAAUAAGAUGCAGGCUGAGUUCCGUUGGUGGGAUAGAGUCCAUGAGUUUGUAUUGUUGGGCGCUGUUCCAUUCCCUACUGAUGUUCCUCGCCUUAAGGAACUCGGUGUUCACGGAGUUAUCACACUGAAUGAGCCUUACGAAACAUUGGUUCCGACAUCGCUAUAUCGUGCUUAUGACAUUGACCACUUGGUGAUCCCUACAAGAGAUUACUGCUUUGCACCAUCCCUGAGUGAUAUAUGCAAAGCUGUUGAUUUUAUUCACAAAAAUGAAUCAUCUGGGCAAUUGACUUACGUCCAUUGUAAAGCUGGUCGGGGGCGCAGUACAACUAUUGUCCUCUGUUAUCUGGUCCAACACCAGCAAAUGACUCCUGAGGGUGCAUAUCAGUAUGUGAGGUCAAUACGGCCGAGGGUGCUUUUGGCAUCAUCCCAGUGGCAGGCUGUUCAGGAAUAUUACCAUCUUAAGGUGAAGAUUGGCGGUCUGCACGACACAAUAUCUGAUAUAAUUCUGGAAACUCCACCUGCAGCAUCUUCGCAGGAUAUUAUGGCAUUUGAUGAUGGCUCUGUAGUCGUUAUAAGCGAAGCAGAUCUUGAUGGUUAUAACCCGUGUAUGGGGGCAGGUGCCAUGGGAAGCGAGAUAUGGACGGACUUGAGCGCGAUUUACCGUGUUAGAGUUGUUGGUAAGGCAGCCAUUACUGGGAUCUCCUGUCUGUGGCUCCGCUGCGGAACCCACCAAAAGAUUCCCCAAGAGAAACUAGAUAUAGAUACCAGCUGCUCAAUGAGUGCUGAUCGCCUUGGAGGUAUUAGUGUGGACAUCCAUGUAUAUUGAGAAGGCAAAUAGCUACUUGGGAGGCGCUUGACAAGUUUUUCGCUUGCCUUGCUGUUAUCUUUGUAAAAGUUCAAAUAAUGUUGUAGCUGGCAGAACUAAAAGCUCCUUUCGUUCAAUCCAUCGUAAAUGAAGUUGAUUUCUUUCUUGAAUCUCAAUGGAAGAAAUACGAGUCCUCUAGAUGUAUUAAGUA